ACUUGUUUGUUUUUUUUUUUUUUUUGCGUAAUUACAUAACGAUCCUGGACCUUUAAGUUUUUUUCCCCGGGAGCGCAAACUAGUUAAAACUGGACCGAGCAGUUAAGAUAAGCUACCUGACCCGAGAAUAAUUGAGAUGCGCACCGAGAUGAUUAAGCAGGAGAUGCGAGGCGGCGCGGAGACGCGCCUCCCCCGGCGGCAGGUGCUCCCACCUUAGACCCAGUGAGCCCUUUCCGGUGGACCAGCGGCGCUUAUCACCCAGACAGACGGUCGGGAAAGGUAGAGCUCACUAGAGGUGCGGCUUACCAUGGAGAUCUCUCCCUGCCAGCCAGCAGCAGACCCCGGGGGCGAUCAUGCACCCGGUAUACUGAUGGCUGCCAGCACGGAGAGGGCGGAUGUUACCAGCCCCAGCCAGCUGCCCAAACAGCGCUCGCUACGGGCUGUCUAUGUUCUCAACGAUGGGCUGAAAGCUGUGGCAGCCAACAGCCCCGAGUCGGGCGCCCUGCAAUGCCUGCAGCGUGCCUGCGACGCCGAGAGCGCCAUCCUCACCACGGUGACCUUCGGCCGGCUGGAUUUCGGCGAGACCACGGUCCUGGACACUUUCUACGACGCGGACAUCGCCGUGGUGGACAUGAGUGACGUAUUCCGACAGCCCUCUCUCUUCUACCACCUGGGUGUACGGGAGAGCUUCGACAUGGCCAACAACGUCAUCCUGUACCACGACACGGACCCCGACACUGCCCAGUCACUCAAGGACAUGGUGACUCAGAAGAACACAGCCGGAAAGCCGUCCACCAUGGGCUUUCCCUGGGUGCAGCUGCCUCCAGAGUAUCGCGGCUCAGGCUUGAGAAACAAAGCAUCCAGUGGGAACUACUACUUCAUCCCCUAUGUGAUGACGACCAACCACGAGUACAUGUGCUGUGAGAAUGAUGCCCAGCGCCGAGCCUCGGAGUACAUGCAGCCUAGCUGGGACAGCCUGUUGGGGCCACUGUGCCUCCCUCUGGUGGACCGCUUUACCAGCUUGCUCAAGGACAUCCACGUCACCUCCUGUGCAUCAUUCAAGGACACACUACUGAAUGAUAUCCGGAAAGCCCGGGAUAAGUACCAGGGCGAAGAGCUGGCCAAGGAGCUGGCCCGGAUCAAGCUCCGCAUCGACAACACGGAGGUGCUGACCCAGGACAUCGUCAUGAACCUGCUCUUCUCCUACAGAGAUAUCCAGGAUUAUGAUGCCAUGGUGAAGCUGGUGCAGACCCUGGAGAUGCUGCCCACGUGUGACCUUGCAAACCAGCCCAUGAUUCAGUUUCACUAUGCCUUUGCACUCAACCGGAGGAACAGCCCGGGGGAUCGGGAGCAGGCUUUGCGUGUGAUGCUGCAGGUGCUGCAGUCAUGUGAUCACCCCGCCCCCGACAUGUUUUGCCUGUGCGGUCGGAUCUACAAGGACAUCUUCCUGGACUCUGAUUGCAAGGACACCAAGAACCGAGACAAUGCCAUCCAGUGGUAUCGUAAGGGCUUCGAGCUGCAGCCCACGCUCUACUCUGGGAUCAAUCUGGCCGUGCUGCUCAUUGUGGCUGGCCAGCAGUUUGAAAACUCCAUCGAGCUGCGGAAAAUCGGUGUGAGGCUGAACAGCCUGCUGGGUCGAAAGGGCAGCCUGGAGAAGAUGAACAACUACUGGGACGUAGGCCAGUUCUUCACUGUCAGCAUGUUAGCCAACGACAUUUCCAAGGCAGUGCAGGCAGCUGAGAAGCUCUUCAAGCUCAAGCCCCCCAUCUGGUACCUUCGUUCCGUGGUGCAGAACCUGCAGCUGAUCCAGCGUUUUAAGAAACAGAACCUGGAGCACUCACCCCAGAGAGAGAGGCUUAACUUCUGGAUGGACAUCAUUGUGGAGGCAACCCAGGGAGCCACCAACGGGCUGCGAUUCCCGGUGCUGAUCCUGGAGCCGACCAAGGUGUACCAGCCUUCGUAUGUGUCCAUCAACAGCGAGGCGGAGGAGAAGAACGUAUCAAUCUGGCACGUGUCUCCGGCAGAGACGAAGGGCAUUCACGAGUGGAACUUUACGGGCACGUCCAUCAAAGGCAUCAGUAUCUCCAAGUUUGAUGAGCGCUGCUGCUUUCUGUAUGUCCACGACAACUCAGAUGAUUUCCAGAUCUACUUCUCCACUGAGGACCAGUGUGGCAGGUUCUGUUCCAUGGUGAAGGAGUUGAUUUCAGAUGGGUCGGGCAAUGCUGUGGAGCUUGAAGGAGAGGGUGAAGGAGACACACUAGAGUACGAGUAUGACUACAACGAAAACGGGGACCGGGUGGUGCUUGGGCGGGGCACCUACGGAGUGGUGUAUGCUGGGAGGGACCUGAGCAACCAGGUGCGCAUUGCCAUCAAAGAGAUCCCAGAGAGGGACAGCAGGUAUUCCCAGCCGCUCCAUGAAGAGAUUGCCCUGCACAAGUACCUGAAGCAUCGCAACAUUGUGCAGUACCUGGGCUCUGUGUCUGAGGAUGGUUACAUCAAGAUAUUCAUGGAGCAGGUUCCUGGAGGGAGCCUGUCAGCCCUUCUGCGCUCUAAGUGGGGCCCCCUAAAGGAGGCCACCAUCGUCUUCUACACACGGCAGAUUCUGGAGGGGUUGCGGUACCUGCAUGAGAACCAGAUUGUCCACCGUGACAUAAAGGGUGACAAUGUCCUGGUCAACACCUACAGCGGGGUCCUCAAAAUCUCUGACUUUGGUACAUCCAAGAGGUUAGCUGGAGUGAACCCCUGUACAGAGACCUUCACUGGCACCCUUCAAUACAUGGCCCCUGAGAUCAUCGACAAGGGCCCCCGGGGUUAUGGAGCCCCUGCCGACAUCUGGUCUCUGGGCUGCACCAUCAUAGAGAUGGCCACUGGGAAGCCCCCCUUCCAUGAGCUGGGUGAGCCGCAAGCGGCCAUGUUCAAGGUGGGGAUGUUUAAGAUCCACCCUGAGAUCCCAGAGGCCCUGUCCGCUGAGGCCAAGUCCUUCAUUCUGCGAUGCUUCGAGCCAGACCCCAACAAACGGGCAACAGCGGGUGACCUCCUCAAAGACGUGUUUGUGCGGCAAAACGUCAAGGGCAAGAAGAGCAAGAUCGCCUUCAAGCCAUCAGUGUGGCAAGAUUACCUCCGGAGCGUCUCAUUCCCGGCGCAGUUACAGACAGAGGCCACCGGGAGCAGCAGCAGUGAGCACGGCUCCAUCUCCCCUGAAUGCGACUCAAAACAGGACGUCUUCUUCGAGAAGAAGAAGCGCUCAGCCUCAGAAAACCUCAUCAAGCCACCAAGCUCUAACUAUCUCAGUGUCCCCGACGAGGUCUCUGUCACCGAGGACCGCAGUGCACCCCCAUCCCCCGAGGACCGGGACUCUGGGCUCUUCCUGCUGAAAAAGGAUAGUGAGAGGCGGGCCAUACUCUACAAGGUCCUCAAUGAAGACCAGGAGAAGGUCAUCUCCAACCUGAUGGAGAACCACAUACAGGGCAGCGAGGAGCUCAAGCUCUCUGUGGAUCACAUCAAGCAGAUCAUCUGCAUCCUGCGUGACUUCAUCCGCUCCCCCGAGCGACGCGUCAUGGCAACCACAAUCUCCAAGCUCAAGCUGGACCUGGACUUUGACAGCACCUCCAUUAACCAAAUCCAGCUGGUUCUUUUUGGGUUCCAGGACUCUGUAAACAAGGUCCUGAGGAACCAUCACAUCAAGCCCCACUGGAUGUUCGCCAUGGACAACAUCAUCCGUCGCGCCGUGCAGGCAGCCGUCACCAUCCUCAUCCCAGAGCUGCAGACGCACUUCGGUCCAGCAUCAGAGAGUGAGGGAGCAGACAAGGAUGCAGACGAGGUGGAUGUGGAGGAGGAUGCCGAUUUCGGGACGGCAGAGCCGGCAGCGCCGGAGGAUCCGGGUCUCACAUCGGGCGUUAGCACCCUGAGCUCUGUGCUGUCUCACGAGUCCCAGCGGCAGAACCAGCAACAUCCACUGGGGACGCAGCUUGGCCGGAUGAAGCAGGAGACCAACCGGCUGCUGGAGGACCUGGUACAGAAGGAGAAGGAGUACCAGCAGGUGCUGAGGCAGAGUCUCCAGCAGAGGGCGCACGACCUGGAGCUGAUGCGAGUCAAGAGCCGGCCUAUCGCACAUGAGCCUCUCCUCCCCACCACAGACAUCCACCCGCCCUCCAUAUUUCACAUCCCAGCUGAUGUGGAGCCUGACAAGGAGCUGACUGAUUGGCUGAAGGAGCUGGGUGUGGAUGCAGACACCGUAGAGAAGGCAAGUAUGCUAGAGCGGCCUGCUGGGAUGCGGCCUUGUAGGCGGAGCCUGCAUGUCCGUUAUAGCUGAACAAAACUACAGCUAUAAGCGGCCUUGGGGACCAAAUUGUUUGUCCGCUAUAAGUGAAAUUCUGUUAUUCUGCAUGUUCUUAAAGGCGCACGACUAGGACCAGCGAACCUCGUCCAUUAUAGAUGAUAUUCUGUUAUAAGCGAGUCCACUAUAACGGGAUUAUACUGUAGUGUACAGUAUACUGUAAUAAACACUGUACUCUUCCUGCUACAUGUUUUAACAUAUUUGACAGGUGAAACUGUAAUAAACAAAUCACAGAAAAGACUUAGGAGAUCUCAUAUCUAGCAUAGCAAAGUUACAAGCUAGCUGGUAAGUGUUACCUUUAAUCGUCAAUGGAAUUACAAAUAAAUAAUAUGCUAACAUAUAGGCAUGUAUCGCAAAUUAGCAGCACUGCAAUCCAAUGAGCAUUAGUGGACUUUGGCACAUUACCGAACUGAAACAACACAUAGAACAUAAAUGUGACUUGUACAUAUUAACUAAGAUAUGAAACAAGUAAACAAAAAACUAAGAGCUAUUGCAUUCGAAUACAUAAGAAAA